GCACCGUGGGCGGGGGCGGUGCCCGCUCCCUCGCAGCUGGGCGGCCCGCGGCGCUGCCGCCCCCGCCCCGCUCCACCCCGGCCGAGCCCGGCCCGGGCCGGCCGGUGCUCGGCGCCCGCCAUGGCGGGGCACGGGCAGGGCGAUGCGGGAAGGCCGGCGCUGCUGGUGAAAAUCGUGAUGGCCGGGGAGUCCUGCGUGGGGAAGACUUCCAUCGUGCGGAGGUACACGGAGCCCGGCUCGCCGCCCGCCGGGGAUUCCACCUCCUCCUACUUGGCCACGAUCGGCAUUGAUUUUAAAGUAAAGCCAGUAACAUUUAAUGAUACGAGAGUGAAACUUCAAAUAUGGGAUACUGCUGGCCAGGAACGAUUCCAUACACUUAGUACUAGCUAUUUUCGUGGUGCUCAAGGCUUUGUUCUUGUAUAUGACAUCACAAAUCUGGACAGUUUUCAAAGUAUAACAAGCUGGAUGAAAGACAUCCAUGAGAAAGCAGGUGAUGAAGUGGACGUAAUACUGUUGGGCAACAAGUGUGACAAGGAGUCAGAACGUGCAGUUCCAAAACAGAAAGGAGAAAAGCUUGCUUGGGAGCAUGGAAUACCCUUUUUUGAAACCAGUGCUAAAGAUAAUGUGAACAUUGAGGAUGCAUUCUCAGUCUUGACUAAUGAAAUACUGGAAAAGCAUGAAAAUGAAGCUCAGCAACUCAACAGUCAAAUAGCAUUUAGAACAGGGGGAGAGUGGCAGGUCCUUGAAUAGUUGGCAAAAAGUCUCAAAUAAGAAAUCCUGUGUAUUAUAUGACUUAGAUGUUGUGGCUUUAAGUCAAAGUAAGAAGAGAACCUGCUGUGCAUUCUGAAAUAUAUUUUUCUUACUCCACUUUCUCUUCAGAAAAUAUUAACUAUUCAAAGGAACAUACAAGAUAUUAAAAGUGAGCCUGUAAUCCCAAAACACAGUAUUUAGGCAUUCUUUGUAUUAUACAAACUUUGUCGCCAAAUGUUUUGAUAUGUUUAUAUUAUAUUUUCAUAUUUUCAUUGUGAAUUAAAAAUAAUUAUUUGACUUUGGAAUUAUUAGAUGCAUCACAGGAUGACUGCAUUUUCAUACAAAUGUUUGCAGAAAUAAAAUCUAAGUGUACUAAUUUUCUUUAUUAAAAAAAAUUACCUUGA